AACUGUUUUUCGAAGCUCUGGCUGCCAUUCGACUCCUCGCUCUAUCUAGGAACUGUAGAUUCCCCAAUCGAUAUCGUCCUAAUCAAUUCGGGUAUCCCAAGUCUUUUUCGAGUGCAGCAGCCAGGAUGGUCAGAGUCGCGAUUGCGGGAGGGACUGGUGGGUUAGGACGAGCAGUUGUGGAGGAGAUCGUUGCGACAAAGAAGCACGAUGUCUUCUUGAUAUCUCGGACUGAGGACGUCAAGGCUUUCAAAGACGACCCAAACGUCAAGGUCCUAGCCAUCGACUACGACUCCCCAGAAGCCAUUGCCUCAAUUCUAAAAUCCAACAACAUCGACACCAUCAUCUCCACCCUAGGAAUCUUCAAGGAAGAGCACCAGAAGGCGCAAUUCAACCUGAUUGACGGAGCGGUGCAGUCAGGGACCGUGAAGCGCUUCACGCCCUCGGAAUUCGGACUCGACUAUGUCCAGAACAAGAAAGACGGCGUCGGCAUCCCCUCGGAAGCCAUGCGCGACCUCAAGACCGGCACCGUGGAGAAGCUCGAGGCCUCGCCGCUCGAAUACACCCGCUUCGUGUGCGGCUUCUUCCUCGACUACUUCGGGUACCCGCACUACCCGACCUAUCUGCCCUACAUGGGUAUUAUAUUGGAUAUUGCGAACGGGGUGGCGGCGAUCCCUGGAGAUGGCGAAGUGCCCGUCACAUUCACGCUGACGCGGGAUGUGGGCAAGUUUGUGGCGGAGAGCUUGAGUUUGGAGAGCUGGGAGCCGACGAGCAUUAUUAUUGGUGAUAAGGUCAAGUUGAAUGAUAUGCUGAAGUGGGCGGAGGGGGCGACGGGGAAGAAGUUCGAUGUCCACUAUGAUGAUGUGGCGAAGCUCAAGACCUACCAAGUCACGGAACUCCCGUCGAACGUGCCGCGAUACGCGUUCUUCCCAAAGCCUAUGAUGUUCGGCAUGUUGGCUAUGAUGGGGCUCGGGAUGGCGGAAGGGCACUUCGAUUUCAAGGGGCCGACGCUGAAUGAGAAGCUGCCGCAGGUGAAGACGACCAAGGUGAAGGACUUUUUGGAGGAGUAUUGGACGGGGAAAUAGAUGGGGAAAGAGAGCACUGAAGAUGGUAGAAAAGAAGACAGCUGGGAGACAUAGAGUAG